GAUACGUGGAGUGCCCCGUAAAGGAAAAGAAGAGGAAUGAGAAAGAGAACGUCUUCACGCCAGGAAUGACCGUCUCAGAGUAAGAGGAACGGACCGCCCGACCAGGUUGGGUCCGAUGUUGGAAUGACUGACCAGGGGUGCGUCACGCUGCCCCGAGGACACCACCACCUCCACCACCACUGCAACACCAUCACCACCGCCAACGGACCUCAUAAUGGACACCUGCACAAUGGACACCCUCCCUCCUGCACCCAGCUCCCCCCACCCAAGUGUCCUCAGGUUAAUGGGACGCUCAGUAAUGGGUGCGCGGGCGGGAAUGGAUCGCCAGGAGGCCGGUCCAUCCACGACGGCUUCGCGACGAUCCGCACGGGCGCCGGCAAGAGGGGGCGGGCGCGGAGCUCCCCCUCGGUGGUGAACGAACUGCGCAGCACCGCCCCCUGCCACCACGGCUGCUGCAACACCACCCUGGGCCGCACGUGGGGCAUGGAACCCCUGUGGGAGGAGAAGGGGAACGUGGAACAGCAGGGGGCGCAGCCGGUGGCCAAGCGAGACCGGGCGCAGCUGCCGUGGUGGGAGGUGGCCACGAGGCGCUCCAAGUACAGGUCGUGCCCCGCGUUCUCUCAGGCGAACGUGGUCAAUGCGUUGGAACAGACCAUGAGCAACGUGACUGACAAGUUGGAGAAGCUCGCAUCGUCGCCAGAUCUGAAGGACACAGAAGCAGCAGAAUUGAGGAAGACGGCAGCUGUUCUGCGCCAACAAAGUUCCGCUGUGUGCCAAUCUGUCAGCUCAGGUAAGCAAAGCUACUUCAGCAUGGAGCGCCAACUCUCGUGCGACAGCGUCUCGAGUGUCACUUCAACCAUCAGCGCCGCGUCGAUGUCGUCCUUCGCUUCCUUCAACUCGAGGAAGCUGAGUGCGGGGCAGAUGCAGCACUUCCCCCACGGCCUCCCGCACCCUCACCCUCAGGGGGAGACCUUCAGCCCCCAGGAGCAGUCGAAGCUCAAGAAGAGGAGUUGGCUCAGAAGCUCCUUCCGACGAGCCUUCGGGAGACACGGCAGGAAGCGCAGCAAGCAGGGGGGGGAGGGGGCUUCGGAGGACUGCCCUCAGGAGCUGCCGAUGCACCACACGGUCAACUCCGCCGUCCGCCAGCUGCCUCCUCCGCCGCCGCCGCCGUCCACCCAGUCGGUGCUGGUGCAGGCGCCGUCGAAGCUCAUGAAGCAGCAGAAGGGAAAUUUCCAUGUACCUAACAACGAAUCCGAGACCGUGGCCCAACUCCGGCAGGAAGUGGCCGAAAAGGAACGCGCUCUGACCGACUGCCGCCUGGAGGUGCUCUCGGCCCAGCACCAACUGCAGGCACAGGCAGACACCAUUAGCAGACUCCAGGGCGAAGUGACGACGCUGCAGGAGGAGAACAGCCGCCUGACCGCCCUGGUGAGGCAGCAGUACGGGCCCGCAGCUGACGCCCUGCUGACCCCGCUCUCGCACACGCUCACGGGCCUCACGCUCACCCGGGGCACCAUGCGGAAUUCGAUCGCGGGAGGGAACAUCUCCCCGCGCGAGGAGGGUCGGCGGGUGAAGGUGAUGGUGGUGGGGAAGUCUGAGCUGGCCACGGCUCUGGACGCCGGCCGGGCCUCCGUCAGCGCCUCCGGCUGCCUCACGCACAUCGGAAACGUCACGAUCGAGGCCAAAACGUCGUGGGAGGAGCUGGACGCCAUGAUUGCCAAUACGCUGAAGGAUUAUGGGAAUCGCAUUGAUCCAGUCUCAGCCCUGGGACUCGACGGGGAUUCGAUCCUCUGUUACCGCAUAGACGACAUAAUCGGCGCUCCCAACUUGUCGCGUCCGGAGCUCUUGCCUUAUGGGUACUGCGUGGGCGAUGUGGAUUCCCUCCACAUUUGGCUCAAGGGAGGGAAACAGAAACAGGACGGAGAGGCUGUCGGCAACGUUUCAGCCGCCUCUUUCAUCAACGUUACCCCUGCUACCUCGCUCAAACGUUUGGCCAAUCUGCUGGUGGAGCACAGACGCCUCGUGCUGGCUGGCCCACCUUCCUGCGGCAAGACGUUCCUGGCUAACGCUCUGGCCGAGUUCUUCAUCACGAAUUCCGGGAGGGAGCUCACCGAGGAUGCUAUUAAAACGUUUACAGUCACAGGCAGCAACUCCCUCGAAAUGUGCCAGAUGCUGUCGAGCUUAUGGCCCCGCGGUCUCUCCUCCACUGGCCGCUGCGCCAACAGCCUCUCAAACAUUACCACCACCAGUGCUGGCUCUUCCUCCAACACGUCAAGCACCUCCAACCACCACGAGUCUAGUCCAGCGCUUCCGGCAGUUAUUAUUAUUGACGAUAUCCAUGCGGCAGGUGGCGUCGUCGAGACACUGCAGCGGUGCCUGCCUGCGUCCAUCCACUCGGGUCCCGCCAUCAUUGCCACGAGUUGCCCUACGGCGGCGCUGGCAACUCGCCUCCACAUCCACUGCAAUUUUAGAUGGGCUACUUUGAGUACCCAGCAGGAGCCAGUCAGAGGCCUGCUCGGUCGUGUACUUCGCCGGCGUGUUGUGGCAGCCGAGGUCGCUGCCAACACGAGGCUUCCCGAUGCUCACCACCUGGCCGAGUGGCUGACGCGCUUGUGGCUCCACCUUAACACACUCCUGUCUGGCCACUGUGGCUCGCAUGAGGUAGCUGUUGGGCCAGGGUUGUUGAUUGACUGUCCCAUGGGCCAGGAGGAGACACAGGUGUGGUUCACCGAGAUAUGGAACACGCGUUUGGUUCCGCAUAUCAUAGCGACGGUGAAGGCCUCGUCUACUUCAAGCACAGGACUGCUGGAUACGUGGACGGAUCCUUUGGACUGGGUGCUUGCUACGUAUCCUUGGCAUGGAAAUGCUGCUUGUGGGCCUGACCAGCUUACGAGAAUUCCAGUAAGUGAUGUUAGUCAACAGAGCGGAAACACUUCAAGCUCAAGGUUGUCACCACUCCGAGCUCAUGUGCCACUUAGCAUCCAUCAACAGAUUUCAAAGAGUGAGUCCGUGUAUGCUACACCCCAGCUAUCAGGAAGAGGAGCCCUGGUACAAGGAAAUGCCCUUGGUACCGGGCAGACAGGACUCAUCUCCAGCAGGAGCAGCAGCACCAGCAGCUUUGCAGCAAGAAAUCAUGUGACAGUGCAAGCAGACAGCAACAAAGGCACUGCUUAUUGCUCUGAGAGUGGAAUCAAUAGUCUGGUUUCUUCUAGUCGAACAAGAAGCGAUAGUAACACUAAUGUGUCCAAAAUGGAAGUGACUGAAAAGAGAGAGAGUUCUGUAGAUGGUGUGCCUCCUGUACCCUUGAGGAGGUAUGACUCAAACAACCAAGGGAAGAGCUUGUAUUCAUCCCUCUCUCGACCCAAGGUUAACAUGCAAGAGAACAGAAAUAGCUGUGAACUGAUGAAUGGGGUGGAAGUCAAUUCUUCUGCAAGUGAGACCAGUGAUGAGGCUAUGGAGAGUGACAGUAACAGUACCGGCAGUGUAAAAGAUGCUGAGAUUUACAAGUCAACCCGGCCAGUAGAACCAAUAUAUCAUAGUAUUGGGAUGAAGGACAAAAACAUCAUGGAUGCUGACGGGAAACUUUCGACAUUCAACAAAAAACCUCAGCCUCUGGAUGUUCUUGCCAAGAAUGCAAUUAAUGCUUGUGGUCUUUCGCCGGAUUGUGUGAAAAUCAUACAUGGAUCCAAAAGGGAAUUGAAAGAUAUCUCGAAAGAACUAACCACAACAUUUAAGCCAGUUGAAACAGCUAUGUAGGAUAUUUUGACUUGUAAAAAAUUUAAUAUAUUACCAUGUUUUGGUGUCUCUUUCCUUCUUAUGGUAACGGAUAAAAGUAGUAGUCCCAAAAAAAAAAAAAAAAAAAGGUAUCUAAUACAGAGUAGCAUGAUAUAGAAGAAUGAGAAUCCCUUGUCAUAAUCUUUUUAUUCUAAUUGUUAUUCCUUAAGUAGUAACUAUUUAUAUAUACAUUUUUUUUUUUCAUACACUCAACAUACAUAUAUAUAGACACAAGUACAUACAUAAUGACCUUUCUACCUUGACCUGUGAUUGUGUGUCAGAAAAAGAAAAGUAUUAUCAAUCUUCACAUAUAUAGGUAUUAAGAAAACUUUUUAUGAUGGUAAAAAGAAAAAAAAGUAGCUUUUAUGUAUAUAACUGACAAAGGUUUAAAGGGCCUAGGUAAUACCGGUACUUAUAUUCUGAGCCAUUCUUUUAUGUUCAAAAUCACUGCAUAAAAAAAA